AUGUCAGAAGAUUUUCUACAGCGACUCGGCACCUUGAUCGCAAGCGCAAAGCACAUCGUCCAACUUCCCCGAUUUUCCAACCUGUUGUCUCCCUCCCUGCCGCUGCCCCGACCCACCGUGGUUUCCUCUCAAGUCCCCAGCUUGUUUCGGGAACCUUACAUCUUGUCUGGGUACCGUCCUGUCUACCAGAAGUGGCACUGUUACCUCUUCAGCCUCUUCCAGAGACACAACGAAUCCCUCAAUGUGUGGACACACUUGCUAGCGGCCUUUGUGCUUCUACGCUGCUGGUGGGCUAACACAGGCGCCGUAGCGUACACCUUAACAUUAGCCUCACUGCCUUUAUGCCUCUUUUUUGUGUCUUCGCUUAUGUAUUUGUUCCUCAGUGCUGCAGCCCACCUCUUUCAGUCUCACUCUGAGCACGCGCAUUACUUCUUGUUUUUCAUGGACUAUGUGGGUGUGGCUGUUUAUCAGUACGGAUGCUCCCUUGGACAUUAUUUUUACGCGUCCGAGCCAGCGUGGAGAAGCAGCUGCUUUGGCUCUCUGUUCCUGCCUGGAGCUGCUUUUUUAGGGUGGCUGUCCUGCGCUGGCUGCUGUUUCGCAAAAUCCAGAUAUCGGCGGCCGUAUCCAGUGGGUCGUAAAAUCUGUCAGCUGAUCCCCACCACACUAGCUUAUCUGCUGGACAUUAGUCCUGUAAUACACAGGCUGUCAACUGCAACCUGGACUCAGGACCCCGCGCUGCCCUUCUACGCCCUUCAGAUCGUCUCAUUCCUUUUGAGCGCCAUUUUCUUCUCCUGUCCGAUACCUGAGCGCUUUUUUCCAGGCCGGUGUGACUUUCUGGGCCAAGGACACCAGAUUUUUCACCUAUUUUUGUCUCUGUGCACACUGUUUCAACUGGAAGCUUUCUUCCAUGACUAUGUUAGGCGGAGGGAUACCAUAGUGGAGACAUUUGGUGAGAGCCAGUUGUGGUGUGCCACUAUAUCUUUCCCCACCCUGUUCUUGUGCUGCAUUUUGACAGCACUUUUAACAAUGAGGCACAAACACAAACAACUGCAAGGUGAAAAUAAGAGAGACAAUUAA